AAAAAAGAGAGAAAAGAAAAAAACCAUGUCUGAAAAUACCAAAGAAUACCCCAUCAAGACAAUUGUAAUCCUAGUUCAAGAAAACAGAUCAUUCGAUCAUAUGCUGGGAUGGAUGAAGUCAAUCAACCCGGAAAUCGAUGGCGUAACGGGAAAAGAAUCGAACCCUUUAUCCGCAACGGAUCCCACUUCAACUCGGCUCCACUACAGCCACCAAUCGGCCAACGUCCAACCCGAUCCCGGCCAUUCAUUCGAAGCAACAUACGAGCAAAUCUACGGCGUCAAAUGGACCGAAGAAUCAGCUUCAUCCAACGACUUAGCUCCGACGAUGGAAGGCUUCGCUCAACAAGCGGAGAGCAUAAAUAAAGGGAUGGCAGAUGUAGUGAUGACGGGGUUCAAACCGGAAUCUUUACCCGUGUAUAAAGAACUGAUAACCGAGUUUGCUGUUUGCGACAGAUGGUUUUCUUCGAUACCUACUUUGACUCAGCCGAACAGGCUUUUCAUCCACUCUGCGACUUCUUAUGGUGCGACUGCGAACGACACGAAGACGAUGGUGAAAGGCUAUCCGCAAAAGACGAUCUUUGAGUCGGUCGAUGAAGGUGGUUUCGAGUUCGGGAUUUAUUACCAGUACCCUCCCUCAACUCUCUUGUACAGAAAUCUGAGAAAAUUGAAGUACGUAAGAAAGUUCCACCAGUUCGAUCUACACUUCAAGAAACACUGCAAGGAAGGGAAGCUACCGAACUACGUAGUAAUCGAACAAAGAUAUUUCGAGACAAAAAAAAUCCCAGGAAACGACGACCACCCGCCACACGACAUAUCAGAGGGUCAGAAUUUCAUCAAGGAAGUCUACGAGGCGUUGAGAUCGAGCCCCCAGUGGAACGAAAUAUUAUUCGUUAUAUUGUACGACGAGCACGGUGGAUUUUACGAUCACGUCCCUACCCCAGUGACAGGUGUCCCUAGCCCAGAUGGCAUUGUGGGCCCCGAUCCUUAUAAGUUCAAAUUCGACCGCCUCGGUGUGAGGGUUCCCGCCAUCUUGAUUUCUCCUUGGAUUGAACCUGGAACAGUGCUGCAUGGACCGUCUGGGCCGUAUCCCACGUCAGAAUUUGAGCAUUCUUCAAUUCCGGCAACAGUUAAGAAGAUUUUCAAUUUGAAAGAUUUUUUAACGAAACGCGACGCGUGGGCGGGUACAUUUGAAUGUGUCUUAACCAGGACUACUCCAAGAACUGAUUGCCCUGUUACUUUGACGGAAGCUCCGAAAAUGAGGGAAACUGAGGCGAACGAAGAAGCGAAGCUGACAGAAUUUCAAGAAGAGAUAGUGCAGUUGUGUGCAGUAUUAAAAGGUGACUACCAUACAGAAGAAGAUUUUCCCCACGAUAUAUUGAAAAAAGACAUGAACGUCGUCGAGGCCGUUGAUUACAUGGGAGGGGCGUUUCGGAAAUUCUUGGACGAUUGCGAUAGUGCAGUUAAAAACGGAGCUGACGAAUCCCACAUUGUUUGUGAUCAUGCAGAGCAGCCUAAUCGAAAACGACUUGGAAAGUCGUUUUCGAGCAAAGUGUUUUCGUGCUUGACUUGCGUUCAAGAUUAAUUAUGUCUUUUUUUUUUCGAUUGAAAUUGUUUCAUCCAAUUUGAAUUUUCUUACACUUGUGUUGCUUGUGUGUAUUUUUAAUUAUUUGAUAUCUUUUUUUAAUUCAAGAAUUUGGUUGUAAUUUGUUUGUGAAGCGGAUUGUAAUUUGUUGUAUGUGUCAUAUGCUAAUAUGAAUAAGUGAAAACUUCAUUUUUCUUUUGUUGUGGAAUAAAAGCAUAUUUGUAA